GGUAAAGGAGUCUAAAUCAUGUACUCACGCUAUUCCUAACAUUUUGGAGGGCUUUAACCCGUAAAUAAAUCCAACACAAAUAUCAAUCAUAACGUUAUAAAUUAAUGUCAGAAGCAUUUGAAAUCAUUCAGUGAUUAAUUAGCUGCAUGACAAAUGACAGAUUUACUGAUUUACGAAACACGCUAUUCUACAAACAGUGUCCACAUAUAUUUUGCACAUUUCAGUGAACAGAUUCACGAGAGCUUUCAAGACCGCCAGCGUGAAAAAUCAAACACUCCUGAACUUUCAUGACAUUUCAGGCCGUGUUGAUCUGACCUCAGAACUGCUGCACUUCACAGGAGCUUUGAAGCUUCCAGCCGUCUCUCCGUGUGUGUGUGUGCGUGUGUGUUGAAGGAUGGAGGGGUUCAACAUCCCAAUGUAUAUAAAUAAGAGAUAUAAACACCUCCAAAACCCAGACAUUAGGACUUCCUUACUGAAACCAGAACAUCUGAGCUCAACACCACAUCCAAACGCACUCUUGAGGCGGUGAUGGACGUUUACUGCAGUAAUAAUGUUCUUCAGGCCAGGAGAGCCGUGGAGCAGCUAAGGAUGGAGACUGAACUGCAGAGAAUCAAGAUUUCAGCAGCAGCGGAGCAGCUCGUCCAGUACUGUCAGGAGCACCGCAGAGCUGAUCCUCUGCUCACCGGCAUCGCUGCGUCCUCAAACCCCUUCAAAGACAAGAAGACCUGCGUGCUGCUGUGAACACACACAUACAGACAUCACAGUAAUCAUUAAUAAUCUCUUUUAUUUGCAGUGUUGAUAACGACACCUCGUCAAACUGAAUUACAAAUUGUGCAUCCAUAAAGCUUUGAAAAAACACCUUCAGUCAGUCAGAGCACAAGUACUGUCUGAUGAUUAUAAAUAACUCAUACAUACUAUGGAGAUUCACAAUGAGGAGUUUCAUACAGUGUGCAUAUAUUGGAAAGUUCGCUCACUUGUUUAAUAAGAAAUCUAGUAUUUAGUGUAAUACUGAACACUGAAAUAUGCUGUGAUGAUUUCUGUCGUUCUCAAUGUUAAUGUGCUUCAGGAUUCACUCUUUCUUCACUUCUUAAAGGGACAGUUCAGCCAAAAAUGAAAAUGUCCCAAAUAGACUUCUGUCAGGAGUUUUCUUCUGUUGAACAAAAGGAAGAUAUUUAAAGAAAUGUUGGAAGAAAGGAGCCACUGACAUCUGUAAUAGGAUCAAAAAAUACUAUGGAUGUCAAUGGCUGCUUUUCCCCCCAAACAUUCUUCAAAAUAUCUUCUUUUGUGUUUGACAGAAGAAAGUCAGUCAGUCAGGUUUUGAACAUGUGAAGGGUGAGUAAAUAAUGUCAGAAUUUUUAUUUGGGUGAACUAUCCCUGUGUGUGUGUGUGU